AUGGAUCACCAGCUAGUUCACACUGGGGAGAGGCCGUUCACCUGUUGGGACUGUCGUAAGGGAUUCACUUGCUCAUCUAAACUGAAUGUACACCAGCGAGUUCACACUGGGGAGAGGCCAUUCACCUGCUCAGACUGUGGUAAGGGAUUCACUCGGUCAUCCGACCUACUCACACACCAGUCAGUUCACACUGGGGAGUGGCCGUCCACCUGCUCAGACAGUGGGAAAGGAUUCAGUCAUUCAUCCACCUUACAGAGACAUAAGCGAGUUCACACUGGAGAGAGGCCAUUCACCUGCUCAGACUGUGGGAAGGGAUUCACUCGGUCACCCGACCUGCUGGCACACCAGUCAGUUCACACUGGGGAGUGGCCGUUCACCUGCUUAGACUGUGGGAAAGGAUUCACUCGGUCAUCUAAACUGAAGGAGCAUCAGAGAGUUCACAAUGGAGACAGGCAGUUCACCUGCUCAGACUGUAGGAAGGGAUUCACUCGGUCAUCUAAACUGAAGGAGCAUCAGAGAGUUCACAAUGGGGAGAGGCCGUUCACCUGCUCAGACUGUGGGAAGGGAUUCAUUCAGUCAUCCCACCUACUGGUACACCAGUUAGUUCACACUGGGGAGCAGCCGUUCACCUGCUCAGACUGUGGGAAGGGGUUCACUUGCCCAUCUAAACUGAAAGUACAUCAACGAGUUCACACUGGGCAGAGGCCAUUCACUUGCACAGAGUGUGGGAAAGGAUUCACUCAGUCAUCACAUCUACAAGUACAUUGGUCAGUUCACACUGGGGAGAGGCCGUUCACCUGCUCAGACUGUGGGAAGGGAUUCAAAUCGUCAUCUCAUCUGAAGGUACAUCAGCGACUUCAUACUGGGGAGAGGCCAUUCACCUGUUCAGACUGUGGGAAAGGAUUCACUCAGUCAUUUCAUCUACAGAGACACCAGCGAGUUCACACUGGGAAGAGGCCAUUCACCUGCUCAGACUGUGGGAAAGGAUUCACUCAGUCAUCUCAUCUACAGAGACAUCAGCGAGUUCACACUGGGGAGAGGCCAUUCACCUGCUCAGACUGUGGGAAAGGAUUCACUCAGUCAUCUCAUCUACAGAGACACCAGCGAGUUCACACUGGGGAGAGGCCAUUCACCUGCUCAGACUGUGGGAAAGGAUUCACUCAGUCAUCUCAUCUACAGAGACACCAGCGAGUUCACACUGGGGAGAGGCCAUUCACCUGCUCAGACUGUGGGAAAGGAUUCACUCAGUCAUCUCAUCUACAGAGACACCAGCGAGUUCACACUGGGGAGAGGCCAUUCACCUGCUCAGUCUGUGGGAAAGGAUUCACUCAGUCAUCACAUCUACAGAGACACCAGCGAGUUCACAUUGGGGAGAGGCCAUUCACCUGCUCAGUCUGUGGGAAAGGAUUCACUCAGUCAACUCAUCUACAGAGACACCAGCGAGUUCACACUGGGGAGAGGCCAUUCACCUGCUCAGACUGUGGGAAAGGAUUCACUCAGUCAUCUCAUCUACAGAGACACCAGCGAGUUCACACUGGGGAGAGGCCAUUCACCUGCUCAGACUGUGGGAAAGGAUUCACUCAGUCAUCUCAUCUACAGAGACACCAGCGAGUUCACACUGGGUAG